AUGGCGAACUCAGGAAUCGCGUGUAGUCUGGGCUGCUUCCCCCAGCGAAGCAUGCUCGCCCUGGUGGUGCUACUCGCGUUCUCGUCUUCUUGCACGAUCGUCUUCUCUGAGUCCGUGUCGCCUGAGGACAGUACGCCGCCGGCGGACUAUCUGCACAUCAUUGAAAAGGAAGGCAUCAAAACCUCCCAAAAACAAGAAGUCUGGCUGCAGGCCGCCCAGAGUUUUGCGCUGGUGGACAAGACAGACGAAGGACUCGAGAUCAAGCCCACUUCCUGGACCACGACAGGCUACGCCUACGUCGAUUCGGAGUGCAAGCUGGAUAAGACAGUGACUAUGGGUUCGCUCUUUCCAAAAGCGUCCGGAGAUCGCUGGUCAACUACCGGUCCUCUAGAGAAGAAGACUGCCGGGGUAAAACAUAUCUAUAAAUUCGUCACGCCUCCGGCUGACCAACUAGAUGGAGAGUUCGUGAGCUUCUGCUUGGUGGUGCAGGACAAAAUUGCCCCCAAGGUCCUCGGAGAGCCGUCGACUGAGGCGACGAAACCCGGGCUCACUCUUAUCAUCCAUGCAUCUGCCACACGCGCCACGGUUGGCCUCGCAAUGGCAAGCGUCCUGUCGUCCCUUUGGUUCCUUUCCGCCUAG